AUGAACAAAUCAAACCCAAAAAUAUUGAUGGCGCUUAUGAUACUCAUAAUAAGUCUUAUUUUCAUCCUUCAGUUUACAAGCCCAAUUCAACCAACUAAUGUUGAACACUUACAAAAAAGACCGCUACAACCAGAUCCAAAUGCUUCUACUAGUAAAACUACCGAGUACUCGCCUGGGAAAGAACCAUGUAUAUAUGCUAAUGAUCCAAGAUGUAGUCGUGGACAAACAGAUCCAACAAUAGUCAGUACAACAACAGAAGAAAAUGAAAAAAUUACAACACAUAAAAUCUACACUACCACUUUAACAUUAUUUUUCCCAGGGUACACCACUUAUGCAUCUUCAACAGGGACCAACGGAGAAUUAACAACAUUUGCAACUUAUGUCCCACCAAGUACUCUUGUAAUUGUCAAGAAAGUUGAAUCAGUUGAGGCACCAAUAUUAACACAAGAAACUCGGGAUUCAUCUGGAGAUAUGGAACUCUCAAUUUAUAAUUUAUACAGUGUUGCUACAUCAUUAUUUGUUAUUGCUGUAACAUAG